UUGUGUGGAUACGCUGCCGCUGUACGCGAGGAGGGGAGGUUGUCGCGUUACUGCACUGCCGUCGCUGGAUCGCGCCGAGAGCGUGUUACAACCGCGAGCGAGUUCAAUCGGAGUCGUAUAAGCGUCGAGUGUUAUUGUCGGGGGGGGCAGCUGCUGCAGGGGACAGUGCGCGCACGGGCCAAACUGCUGCGGCAACAUCGACACGUACUCGGUUGUACUCGGGGGAAGAUGGCCCGAGGCGGUCGCGUCAUCGAUCGCCGUAGCCAACGCGGCCAGGAGGAGGAGGAGGAGCACCGGCAGGGAAGAAUAAUAAUAACAACCUAGCGGGCGACACUUGCGAGAGGCAUGUGCCGCUGCUGCUGAAGAAACAGCGGCGGCCGGCACUCGAUACGCGUAUACAAAGUACGAGGUGUGUAUGUUGUAUUCAUGGUGUUUCGCAACCCGAUGCAAACGAGUGCGGAGAUGAGGAGGAGACGAACGGGUGCGCCGAUGAUGGUGGUGCAGGGGCUGGCGGUGGCGGUGCUGUUGUUGGCCGAGCUGUGCGGUUGUCUUCUGCUGGACGGGACGAGCGCGGCGAGCUACGCGCAGUUUCCCCGUUGGAGCGCGGGCCUCAACGGGAGCCUCGAGUUCGAGUUCAAGACGAAGCAGGGCAACGGAUUGCUGUUCUACACCGACGACGGGGGCAACAAUGACUUUUUCGAGUUGAAACUCGUCGAGGGGGCGCUACGUUUGCGCUACAACCUCGGCGGGGGGGCCCAGCUGUUGAGCCUCGGUAGGGAGCUCGGCGAUGGCGCUUGGCACAAGGUGCUCAUUGAACGCGACCGGGAGAACACAACCCUGGUGCUGGACGGCCAGGAGGCGAGCUCGAGCUCGCGGGGCACCGAGUACGAGUUCGGGCACUUGCCCGGCAACUCGGACGUCUACGUCGGGGCCAUGCCCGGCUGGUACAGCACCAAGUUGACGUUGCUGGCGCUGCCGAGCGUCAUGUUCGAGCCGCGCUUCAACGGCCUGAUCAGGAACCUCGUCUACGCGGACGAAGAGGAGCCGGGGCUGCUCAGGCGACAGGACAGCCGUGCCAGGCGAGACGACAAGUGCAAUAGAAUUCCCUGUGUAGACAUGAUGGGCACGCGAAAGAGCAAACGGGACCGGCUGGCCACGAACGAGACCGACCCGUGCUUGACGCUAGACCCGUGCAAGAACAACGGGAUCUGCAUGACGAAAGACCUCGGCCCGUACUGCGAGUGCCGCAACGGCGACUACGAAGGUAUCUACUGUGAAAACGGUAAAACUCCGCAGGAGGCGGCCUUCAAGGGGACCGAGUACCUGACCAUCGACCUCAACAAGGGCAGUCCGGUCCUCAGCACGCAGGAGGGUGUAUUUUUCCAAUUCAAAACGCGACAGCCCAACGGACUUUUGUUCUAUUCGAGACACGGACAGGACCACCUGGCUGUGUCCCUGAGGGACGGUGGAGUGUCAGUUGCCAUGGUACUGUCCAAGGGUAGGCUCGAGCUGCACAUAAAACCCGCCAGGAUACGAUUCGAUGACAAUCAGUGGCACACCGUCGCGGUCAACAGGAUAGUCCAAGAGAUAUCCCCGGUGACCAAUUUUUGCAGGCUAACGGCUACGGUGGACAAAUUCUACGCGGGACACGGGCACACGGCUGGCUCGUUCACGAGGCUGGCCAGUGAGAGGCUCUUUGUCGGGGGUGGCCUCGUCGAUGCCAAGGAGCUCAGCGUCCAGACCCAGGGCUCCAAAGGCACCCUCAACUUUAUCGGCUGCAUGCGCAAGGUGGAGUUCCAUGCGGAGAAGACGCGGCUUGACUUGAUCCAGGCGACGUUGAGCGGUACCCCGGGUGCAGCCGCCUGGGGCAAGAUCGUGUUCCAGUGCAAGGAACCCCGGAGCUCCGACUCCGUGACCUUCACCACUCGGGACUCCCAUCUGGUACUGCCGCCCUGGAAGACGGCCGAGUCCGGCAGCAUAUCGUUUAAAAUCCGCACGAACGAGCCCAACGGCUUGGUCAUGUACAGCAGAAGCGGCUCGACCACUCGGAGCGAUUUGUUCGCCUUCGAGAUCCUCGACGGCUUCCUGUACCUGCACAUGGAUCUAGGCGAGGGCCCCGUGAAGGUCCGGGCGUCGGAGAAACCGAUCGACGACAGCACCUGGCACGAGAUCACGCUGAGACGAGUCUUGCGGGAAGGCCGGGUCGUCGUGGACGAGUCACCGGUCGAGUUUCGGCCGCCGGGUGACCAGACGCAGCUCGAUUUGGAUGGUUUGUUGUACAUCGGUGGGGUCGGGGCGCCCUUCGCACCGCUUACCGUGCCACCGGUACUCUGGACCGGUAGCCUUCGCCAGGGGUAUGUGGGCUGUAUGCGCGACCUCGUCAUCAACGGCCAGCCUAUUGACAUUGCUGGAUAUGCCCAACAGCAGGACUCGGGAGCCGUACGACCAGCUUGCCAUGCCCAAGGGGCGCACUGCAACUCCCGUCCUUGCAUGCACUCGGGCAGGUGUGUCGAGGGAUGGAACAGAUACCACUGCGAUUGCACGGGAACGGCCUUUACAGGCGCCACUUGUGGCAAAGACGCGUCGACGCUCUAUUUGAACGGCUCGCAACAGAUGACAGCCCUUAUGCCCGAGGACUCGAAAACCCAAGCCGAAGAGGUCGUCGUGAGAUUCAAGACGACCAGGCCCCGGGGCUUGCUUCUGGCUACGAGUUUGGAGAACAGCGUGGAUCGGCUGCAGAUUUCUCUCGAGGACGGGGCAGCCAAGGUUCUCAUACACAUCGACCAGCAGGAGAAGACUCUCGUAGUUGGACAGGGCCUCAACGACGAUCAAUGGCACACGCUGAGGUUUUCGAGGAGAGCCAACAUAGCCACCUUCAGAGUGGACGAAGAGAAAGAAAAGCGAGACGACUCGAUAUUCUGCAUGAACGAUCUCGAGUUCAAGACGAUGCAUGUCGGUGGCUACCUAAACUCCGGCGAGGAGGUACCCCACUUUGUCGGGGCCCUCCAGCAGAUCUGGUUCAACGGCUACCCUUACCUCGAGAUAGCACGAAGCGCCGGUACCCACCAGACGGCCCACCAGGGCCUCACGCCCAUCAUCCGCGUGACCGGUACCUUCGGCAAGCGAAACCAUCCGGUCCAUCAUCCCGUCACCUUCACCUCCAAGCACACCUUUGUCGGCCUACCCGUUCUCAAGGCCUACGUCGAGACCAAUAUUUACCUGCAGUUUAAGACGCGGGAAGCUAACGGCUUGAUACUUUACAACGCCGGUCGCGAGCGGGACUUUAUAGCGGUGGAGCUCGUCAAUGGGCACGUCUACUACACGUUCGAUCUGGGCGACGGACCAGUGCGGCUCAGGGACAGCACGAAAUCGAAACUCAACGACGGACAGUGGCACGCCAUCAGCAUAGCUCGGCCCGCGCCGAGGAGGCACGCCCUGGCGGUCGACGACCACGUGGCCGUGGCCAACAGUCCCGGAAACAACGAGAACCUUGAUCUAGAUGGUAUCCUGUACAUCGGGGGCGUAGAAAAAGCCCAGUACUUACAACUGCCCAACCCAAUAGUGAGCAGACACGGUUUCGAGGGUUGCCUGGCCUCCCUGGACCUGAGCGGCGAGAGUCCGGAUCUGAUAUCCGACGCGGUUAUACCAAGUUCCUUAGUAGAGUCGGGAUGCGACGCUUACGCGAACCUACAUCCCGGGAAAAAAUGCACGCACGACAUGUGCGCCAAUCACGGCACCUGCGUGCAACAGUGGAAUAGUUACACGUGCGACUGUGAUAUGACCAGCUUUGCCGGGCCGACUUGUGCGGACGAGGCCGUAUCUUACGAGUUUCGAGCGGAACGUGGACUCAUUACUUACACUUUUCCGCCAGACAGAAGGCCCGAGAUGAAGAGGGACACCCUAGCCGUGGGAUUCAUAACGACCGUCAACGACGCCGUCUUGCUCAGAAUAGAGUCCGCCUCGAGUACCGAUUACCUUGAGAUCAAAAUUGUUGAAGGAAAUGUGUUUGCCGUGUACAAUAUAGGAAGCAACGAUCACCCGAUCGACGAGAUCGGCAUGAAGGUAAACGAUAACCAAUAUCACGUCAUCCGAUUCACGAGGAGCGGUGCCAACAGCACUCUGCAAGUGGACGAUUACAAUCUUCAGUCCAACCAUCCACAAGGUAACCAGCACAUAGUCUUCAACAGCCAGUCGACCAUCCAAGUGGGCGGAAGAUGGAACCGGGGCAAAAACAAAAUAGACAAACCCUUUUUGGGAAUAAUGUCCGGUUUGGUGGUGAACGAGGCGAGAAUUUUCGAACUCGCGGCUACGAAAGACAGCCACGUGACGGUCAAAGGCGACGUCCACUUGCUACCCGUUGGAAGUCUCGUGGAUCGAGCCGCACCGCUCCAGAGGAUGCAGCAGACACCAGCAUCGGGUUUUCCGGGGGUGGCUGACGACUUGAUAUUCUCCGGAGCCGGUAGUGGCUGCGCCGGAGACGACGAGGACGAAGACUGCACCCCUAUUUACGAAAACGGUUCCGGUAAGUAUGACCUGAUCACUCCCGUUUACGUGCCACCCACCAAGUCUCCCGUGGUGAUAACCAAGCCCAAGAGUCCGAGUAAAAAUUUACACGAGAAAAACAUCUCCUGCGACGACGAGGAGGAAUGCAACGAGGAAGGCUCGGGCGACUCCACCACCGAAGAAAUCUUUGUUGUCACUUCGUCAACCACUUUGUCGAGCUCGUCGGCGGUUGGCUUCACGACCCAACAGCAUCCCUCGACCGCCCGAGGAACGACGAGCAUCUCGACAAGCACAUCUACGCUUCCAAGCAGCCCGGCCCGGGACCUCUUCCACACGACUACGUCCGCGCAGCUCAAUCUCUCCAGCGAUACUUCCACUUCACACAGUACUCGGGUCAGCGUCGUCACGCACGAUUCACGCCCAAGCAGCACGAGCCUGCAGACAAGCACGACCACGGAGAUCAUGGAGUUGCCGACGAGUCCGAGAAUCACUUACACUUACGGCAACGGCGGCAGCGUCAAGGGCUCCGACAUUUAUCUAACGACGACAAAUCGCAACAACAACAACAACAACAACAACAACAUCAACAACAACAACAACGGCCGCGUGAUGUCCGAGGGCGCGGAGAACAUUGCGCUGGUGAUCGUCAUAGCCGCGGCCAUAGCGAUUUUGCUGACCAUCAUCGGGAUCAUCUACGUGAGGUACAAGACUCGGCCGGAGCGCAAUUACAAGAUCGACGACGGCAAGAGUUUCAGCCAGGAGCCGAACGCCGCGCUUCUGGGUGGUGGAGCGAACGCGGGCCAGAACUACGCCGGGGCUUUGAGGAACGGACAGGGCAAUGGAUCGAGUAAAAACGGCAAGAACCGCGGAGUUAAGGACAUUAAGGAGUGGUACGUGUAAAUCAAAGAGAUGCAUGUUCAAUUGCGGACUUUGGAAUUAAGUACGGCGGACGCUUGAAAGCCACGAUGAGCCAAGACUGACCGCGUUACGUUUCUUUUUUUCUUUUUUUUUUCGCACCACGUCGUGUGUAUUAUCAUACGAAGACGUAACGCGCACCCUACGCACGGCUAAGACUACGAUACACACGUUACUGUUCAAUGAAGAAGCAACAUGAUGAGUAAACAAAACGAUACGAUACCACAAAUAAUAAUUACUAUAAUAAUUAUAAUUAUAAUAAUACACAUUACUUACGUAUUAUCUUGUCAGCAGAGGUAACAGGCGAUGGGGGGGUGGACAGAAAUAUAUUGCGAGUGCGUGUAUUUCGUAAAUGCAGUAGUAUAUAGUGAAAGUGUCGUUGGUGCAUGUCGACGAUAGAUAGGGUGUGCGGGGUGAAUGAUGAUACGUCCUUAAUGAUAGGAAAUACAAAAAAAAAUUAAAUAAUAAUAAAAAAAAAAAGCAACAACAACAACAUAAAAAUGAAGAAAAAGUAAGGAGCGAGUCAUGAAAGUCGUAGCGAGAUGGAGCAAGAAAUAUCGCUGUACUGAGCUACUAUUAUGAUAAAUAUUACGUAUUAAUAAUCAUAAUGAUAAUAAUAUAUGAUAAAUAUAUAAAUAUAUGUGGUAAACGAGUCGUAUACCAGAAGCAAAUUUGAAAGUACAUGUUGAAAUCUGAAGAUAAAAAAAUAGACGAGUUGAACGACGCUUCAAGUAGAGCCAUUUCAUUUUCAUAAAUGCAGUUUCAGAGCUUUUUAUGCCGUCAGGUGCUUUUAAUCAUAUUAUUCUUUUUUUUUUUUUACGUGUCUGUACAUACGUAUGAUUAUGUAGACGCAUUUCACAUACAGUCAAGUUUGCAGUGCUUUUAGGCCAAACAUGAAUUUUUUUUUUUUUUUUUUUUCAUCGGAAACAAAAUAAAAUUGUUUCAAUUUUUUAACACUGUCGUGAUUUUAGUGUAGAUGAUUUGAGUCUCGCGAGUAACGUUAACGCACACAAACAUAAACUACAAACGAUAUACUCAAAUAUAUACUUACCAAUUUUAUAGUAACGUUCGUUUUGCUAAAGCUCUUGAAUAACUGGAUUCUUUACGAUUAAUCGUGACAAAAGAUAAAAGAGCAAUGAAACUGCAACGAUCGAUGCGUACCAUCCUAUUUAGCGAUUAUGCCGGCAUUUAUUGUUGUAUAGAUAUUAAUAUACAUGUAUAAGUACACUAUUUAUAAAUUGUGUUAAUCGUGUUUGAAUUUUAGAUUUUAUUAAAACUGCGAAUAAAUUAAGGAAUGAAAAAAAAAAUGGUUGCUGGUUCUGUCGAUAUCAAUAAAUAUGACCAUUAUAAUAUAUGUAUAUUCGAAUACACGUACGUGUACACACUUACAUAUAGCAUGUAUACAUAAAAACAUGUUUUGUUUUGAUAACAAAAGAUAUUUAUAUAAAAUAAUUGUUACCGACUUGUUCGUUAGUCCUAACUCAUUCGUUUUUAGCCGAUAAAAUUAAUUAAUGAAAAUAACGCGAAAAAAUGUAGUUACUCUCUCGACGUUGCCGAUUUUUUCAUUGCCAUGCGAGUCGCAAUUUUUUUUUGUUAAUACAUAUACAAGCACGUAUCAGUGAUGUGUAAACUAGGGUAACAUAAUAAUAAAACAAUUGAAUCAUCAGACACGAAUGAAGCUGAUGAAAUUUUGGAGAGUAAAUGUCAUCAUUGAAUUUCACAUAGAAGAAAUGGGGCUGCGAAAAUCAGUUUAGCGUGUAUUUCAGCGAUUUAAUAUGAGAAAGUCAAAAAUUGUUCCAUUACACGGAUGCCGACCGUAAGCAUUUGUUAAAAAUGCAAUUAUACACAUGUGAAAAAAAAAAUUAAUACUGAAUAUGUAUGUAUAGUCGUGUUGGAAAAUGUUUUAAUUCAUUAACACGCGUAUAAAGUAAACGCAGCUCGCCAUGUUAUUAAAUUUGAAGUAAGUACAUUCCUCGAGCUGUGUUUGUUACCCACCACAGCAAUGUAUUAAACUAAAAUUAUGAAUUAAUUGAAAGUAAUAACCCUAUGACGUGGUGUUGUCAAAAUCAAUUUUUAAUGACAUCUAUUAAGACAUUUCGCGUUGUCUCUAAACUUUAAAGCUAAGCCCUUAAUGAUACUUUUUAUUUAAAUGUUUACUUCCCAAGAUUAAAAAAAAAAAAAAAAAAA